AUGUCCAACGGCCAAGCCAAAGUGCCACUCAUUCCUUGGCCCAAAGCCUCUUCACGAGCCACAAGGGCUGUGGUUGUGGCAAAUCUGGCAGUGGCUCAGCCCGCAAGCAGUCGAGAUUAUUCGGAAGAGCAUGCAGGACGCUGCGUCGAACCAUUGCUAGGAGCCGGCGGGGCAAUCCGGGGAAGCGGCCCUAGGGCCUUUUGGCUACGUCACUGCAAGCCUCCUGAUCUGGGCUGUGCCUCGUUUGCUUCGCAGCCUCUAAAGCUGAGAGAUCGUCAAAUUACAUACUGCCCGAGUGGCAAAUCACGAGGUCGGCGUACACUGCAAGUACCGUUUGCAGCAUGGUUCCAUGAUCCGGGUACGCGGACGAUACGCAAUUAUAGCGUGGGCCCGGACGACGGCGGGCUCCUGGCAAAGUUGCAUCUGGCUGCCAUGGCAGAUCGUGGUCGCGAGCUGCUUGAUGAGUGGUGGAUCAAUGCCCAUAACGUAGCUGAGAGUACGGGGUUAGGAGGUAAGUCUCUAACUGCUGGAAUUAUGACCGGGAGCAGCUCCUACUCUAGCCGAGACUGCCCACGAGAUUAUCUCAUUUCUCGCAUUGCUCUCGCCUCUCUCUACCGUCAACUUAGCAGUGCCGAGCGACAUCUUUUGAGUGCAAAUGCAGCCGCUCUGCCCGUGAUUCGCUGCUGCCAGUCCCGUCAUCCCGUGUGGGCGACCUCACUCGCGCUCUAA